ACCAGCCCCAGGACACAAACCUGGGGAAGAGCUGAGCUAUGGCAGGAGCCUCUGCUGCUUGGGGUGAUGUCACCUGGUCAGGGAACUUGUUCCUCUGCAAAUCCCAAUCCAGACUGGAGCUGGGCUUUCCCCUGAUCACCCCGAGGGAAUCCGCCCACAGCAUCAACAACAGCUGGUGGAGGGUGGGAAAACAUAUAAAGCUCCCUGGGAGCAGCUCUCUGGAGCUCUCCUGGAUCUGCUCUCAGCAUGAAGAAGCUCCUGGUGGGAUUCCUGAUGGGCCUGGCACUCGUGGAGUUGGCCCAGUCCCUGCGAUGUUACACGUGCAAGGAGCCCACAGAGAUCUCCAGGUGCAGGACAGCUGUCGUGUGUCCCCCAAGGGCCACCGUGUGCACCACGACCCUGCACUCCGUGGAGACAGGUUAUCCCUUCUUUGGCAACAUCACUGUGACCAGGGACUGUGAGGAGGAGUGCCUCUCCUACGAUGGGAUAGGGGCAUCCAGACCCAAAUCCUGCUGCUACACUGACCUGUGCAUGGAUGACACCAAGGGCAGCAACGGGGCGAGCAGCAGCUCUGCAGGGCUGGGGCUGGUGGCCCUGCUGGCUGGCACUGUCCUCCAGAGCUCCCUGUGAGCUCACAGGUGUCCCAGCUCCAGUUGAAAGGCCACCACUGUCCCUGCCAAGCUGCCUCAUCAACUCUUAGAUGCUUUGGGAAUGUCCUGCUUGCUGAGCUGUGGCUUCCCCCAACCUCCAACGCUGGAUCCAAGCCCAGAGUUUGGGCACCUGGACUUAAACCCCUCAGAUCUCUCCAGUUUCCAGCUGUUUCAGCAGAUGUGCCUCAGCUUCAGCUGCUUCAGGUCCUCAGGACCCACAGAGAAUGGGUUGGAAGGAACCUUCGAGAUGAUCCAGUUCCAGCUCUUUGCCAUGGGCAGGGAUGCUUUCCACUAUCCCAGGGUGUUCCUGGAACAAUUCCAGGGAUGGGACAGCCACAGCUUCAGCUUCCCUGUGCCAUGGCCUGAGUGAGAUGGAUCUGGGCCCAGUUCUUUCCUCCCCAUCAGAGUCUGGGUGGCAACUGCAGAGCUGGUGCUUCAUUCCAAGGGUAAGCCAAGGAAUGAGCUCAGAAGUGCUCAACUCCCAUCUGGGAAUGGGAUGGAUUUCUGGAAGGAUCAGAACACUCCCUGGACUGACUGACUAGGGUAGGUCAGACCUGCACCCCAAAUUUCCAGACACGCCCUCCCCUCAGCCUGAGCUCAGGCUGCAGUUGGAGCUCCCAAAUUUCCCUUUCCAGAUGUUUUAAAGACUAUUCCAAGCAAAUCCUUCUCUUAUUCUGCCCUCCCUUCAUCCCUUCAGAGCAGGAUAGGAAUAAUAAUGGUUCUCCCAGAGCUGAGGCUCUGGGAAAAAUCAGUUAAAAAGUUCUGGGGUCCCAGCUGGCAUUUGCCUGGAGCAGCUGUGGGAUUGAUUCUGCUGUAAAAGCAGCUGGAGGGGAAGCAGAUAUGAAUGAGCCAGGUGUGCCCAGCUCACAGAGACCCAGGAAAUUUGCCAUUCCCUCUGUUCCUACUGCCAGGGAUCAUCCAGGUGAUGGGAAAGCAAGGAGUGGAGCCUGGAUACACCCCAUGCACCAUCCUGGUGUGUUCACAGCAUCCCUGCAACCUCCCCUGUGGCAAUGUAAAUUUUUCCCCUUUUUCCACUCUCUUUCCACAAGAAACCAAAGUAGGGGCUCUUUUUCCUCCUUGCACUGAGGGAAUAGUUUCUCAAGCUCUGUCUCAGCAGCAUUUAGAAGAAAACUGUGACAAUUCUGCAUUCCUGGGCAGGAGUCCCUGUGAGCUCAGGAGGAUGAUGAACCCUUUGUCCUGGAAGUGAAACCCUCAGAGCUCCACUAAAACACUGGCAACUUCCCUGAAAAACCCCUGGCAGUGCUGGGAUCUACAGGGAGCAAACACCAUGGAGAGGAUAAUAAUUAGAAUUUAUUCAAAUCCCAAUAUUACAGACACUGAGCACCCUCCCGUGCUCCCCGCUCGUCUGUUCUGCUUUUCCCUGCUUCCAAACCAGUUGGAUAUGUCAGGCCAGGAGCAAAGCUCCAUCCCUGCCAUCCUCAGAUCACAUUCCUUUUUUUUUUUUUUUUUUUUUUUUUUGUUAUCCUGGCUUCCAGCUCUGUCUCCAGCAGCUUUUCCACAUUUUCUGCAGGAUCCUGGGCUCUGCUUUCCACAUUUGGAUGGGGCAGGGUCUGGAUACAGAGGGGCUGGGAGGAUGGAGGGUUCCCUUCUGGCUGAGAAUUUAAUAAAUAAAGUUGGAUUCUCUGAUUUUUC